CAAAUGAAAUUCAGAGAAGAAGCUAGUUGAGGCAACGUCACAAUUAUGUGAUCAAAACAAAACAUAAAAUGCUAGGUUAGGAAUUUCGUUGAUUUUUCUCUUAAUUUAACUCGCAGUUAUUCAAUUUCUGAUUGAUUCGAUUUCUAUAAGUGUUGAACGUUCCAAUAAAAGGAAUUAGAGCUUCAUAUAGUUUUUCUUAUGAUGCCUCACACUUGUUCAGCGUUCAAUUGUACAGCGAGAUUAGAAAAAGGCCAAAACUUGAAAUUUCAUUCUUUUCCAAAGGAUGAAAUAUUAAGGGACCAGUGGAUAAAAGCUGUAGGAAGAAUCGACUUCAACCCUUCUUCCUGUUCCAAAAUAUGCGGUAAUCACUUUCAUCACCAUGAUUACUUCAUAAACGUUCAUGGAUCAAAAACUCUCAAGAAAGGUGCUAUUCCUUCCAUUUUUAGUUUCUCAAGUUAUCUUCCUGUGAGAGUAAAUGAUGAAGACAGUCUUGUAGUUGAUAAUUAUAUCGAAGAUGAUCUUCCUUCGACUAGCACUGCGAAACCUAAAACGGGAGCUAAUAAAAGGAAAAGAAGGCGUGAAAGUGGAUCUAGUGAUGAAGAACGGUGGCUAACUGCAAUUGAAUCUGGAAAAUUAGAAGAUGUUGAUGAUGAAUUGAAAAAAAUAAAGCCUAAAGAUCCCUCUCUCAUGACAGCCCGACAACGAGCUAUUUAUGACAGAGGCAGUGAAGGAACUACUCAAAGUAAUCCAACUUUAAUGUCUUUACCAACAGGUUAUAAGGAGAAAGUAAUGACUGCUGAGGCCAUUCAAAAGGCUGCAAUUAAAUCCCAAAAACGAAAGCAAUUAGCGGAUGAGAAGAGGGAAAAAGAUAAGAAGAAAACAAUGGACAGGCUCCUCAAAAAGCAAGAUUCUAAAUUGAACAAAGGGGCUCGAAACAGAACAACAAAAACAAUGACACCAGUUAUUUCAUAUAGGCAAAGUGUGAAUUCAACAAGUAUGUUUUUUCCUGAAAAUGAAUUCCCUUUAAAGGAAAAUCAGGUUGCAAAGGUGCCUAUUCCGAAGUACUGUGGUAUGGAAUGUGGAAAUCUUAGAAAAUAUGCUUGUUCUGUUACUGGUGUACCUUUAUGUAGCUUAGAAUGCUAUAAUAAAAAUAGGAUAAAACACCAUUUUUAAUCCAUUUCUUCUUGAAUAUAUUAUUCAAUGUAACUACUAUAAGGGGAAAUUAAUUGUAAAUCUUAUUUUAAAGUCCCUACGAAUGUUUCUAUCUGUGAUAAUAAGAUAUGGAUUACUCUCAAAGGGUAAAUUAUUUGUUUUGUGAAAAUAAAGUUUGUUAGAAUACUCUA